AGUCGCUUUUGGGGGCCCGAGGGAGGGAGCCCCGUGGGGCCCGCGGCCCGCGGCGCCAUCCCCGCGAGCGGCGGCGGGGGCGGCGAUGGUGCGGAGGCGGCGACACCCCAGGCACAGGGCUGUGGCGAUCGGGGCCCCGGCGGCCGCCGCGCUCCUGGCAGCGGCGGGCGCCGCGUGGUCUGGCGCGGCGCUCUCGCAGCCGCCCGUGGCGGCGCCCGAGGGGCACUGGACGAGCGCCGGGCCGCAGGCCCCUGGCAGCGAACCCUGGACUGCGCGGCCGCGCCUGGGCAGCGGUGGCGACGCCGGCGAGCCGCCGUCGCGCCAGCGCGGGAGGAGGCGCC